AUUUGGAAAACAUCCUAUUGGGAGAUUAACAAGGACAGAGCCCCGGUCCUUCUCUGUGCAUGUGUGAGCGCUUGCGUGCAGGAGAGAAAGAAAGAGGGAGGGACAGACAGGACAUCCCAGCGUGUGACAGAUGGAGGAGGGAGGUGGGGGUGAGCUGCCUGGUAGGAGGCUGGCAUGUUUUCCCAUCUAAACCGGUGACAAAGUGGCGAGCAGUGGCUCCCCGGAGCAGAGGAGAUCACAGCCACCGCACGGAGAGGGACGCGGAGCGGGAGGAGAGCCGAGCACCGCGCAGCCUGCAGCCGCUGGAGCCACAGCAUCGGGGCGGGGAUCAGAACCGAGCCACAUCGGAGGGAGCGACGUUUUUUUUUCUUUUUUCUUUUUAAACCCGGCGAACGGGCAGCGAUCUUGACAUUGUGCCUGCUGUGUUUUGACGGUAGGGCGCGUUGUCUGCCGAAACUCCUUCCCAUUCCUCCUCCAGAUCGGCAGAGAUGGGCGUGACUUCCCCCCCGCUGCUGCUGAUAUGCAUAUACCUGACGGCAGUCGGCCGGGCGCGCUCGGAGGGCGUCUGCCUCCAGGAUGGCAAGCACAAGGCCACGCCCGGCGCGGAGCCACGCCUGUCCGAGUGCGGGCUUUACGCCGACAACAGCUGCUGCACGGAGGAAGACAUCCAGGAUAUUGCCUAUGUUCCUUCUGACAGCAAUAAGAAUGAACCCUGGGACAAAUGUGGUCCUCUGAGCUCAGAGUGCGAGGGCUAUCUGAAGCGCGUGUCGUGUUUUUACCGCUGCUCCCCUGACGCCUCCCGCUGGCCUCAUCCUCACCGCCGCUCGUACAUCCAGGCGGUGCCGCUCUGCCACAGCUUCUGCCGUGACUGGUUCGAUGCCUGUAGGAUGGACAUGACGUGUGCUCGCAACUGGGCCAGGGACCCCCGGGGCCAGAACUGCACUGGGACCUGUGUUCAGUAUCAGCAGAUGUAUCAGCACGGCAGGGAUCUCUGCGAGAGCCUGUGGGGCGACGCCUUCAUGACGGUGGAGGACGACCAGCAGGAGGCCGGAGAGAACGGGGCGGAGGGCCGGCCCUGCGGCUGCCUCACCCUCAGUCCCUCGGACAAGGACGUGAUCGCAGCGCUGCGGGCCCAGCAGGACGACCCGGAGGAGCUGGACACCACCAAGGCCGGCCUGCCGCAGUACCGGGCCCCCUGCCGGGCCAAGAUGCCGGCGCCGGCCAAGAGCGGCCGGAGGGCGAACUCCGUCCUGCGGAAACGCUCGGUGGAGAUCGACGAUGUGGAGGGGAGCGGGAGCGGUUUGUAGAUCCUGUUCGGUAAAGAUGCGUCACUAGUUUCCGAUGCGUAAUGCUAAACUGUGAAAAUAAAGGUGUAACUUUGUUCUACUAAAAAUAAAAAAUGACCGCAUGGGCGUACAUAUUUACAGCAGCGGGUUAGGGCCACUGUAGAUCCAGGAAAACAAGAAGUAAAUUUGCGAGAUAAAAACUCUGAAAUUUUUAGAUUAAGCUCAAAGCUUUCUAGAAAAAAACAUGGAAAUUUCUGAGCACCAAAAGUUUGAAAUUUGUGUGGGAAAUUUUUUCCUAGAAAUAUUUAGGUUAAUUUCACAUAUUCUAGAAAAAAGUUUUUCUCUGAGUUGGCAAAGUUGAAAACUUUUUUCACAAGUCCAAAAUGUUUGACUUUUUGAGUCCAGUAAUAUCCAAUUUUUUUUUCCAGAACUUGAGAUUCUUCUCAAAAUAUUGGAUUUUUUUCCCGCAAAUGUUUUACUUUUCAAGCGCCGAAAUUUCCACGUUUUCUCCAGAUAACUUCUGAGCUUAAUAUGAACAUUUCCUAUUUUUUUUCUUGCAAAUUUUUGACUUUUUGAGCUCAGAAAAUGUUCAUGCUUCUUCUAUAAAAUUUCUGAGAUCUAAAAAUUUGAGUGUGUCUCGCAAAUUUGGUCUUUUUUUUAUAUAUAUAUAUAUCUACAAUGACCUGGAGAAGCCACCAUAGAUACCUGUAAGUAUUAAAGGCAAACCUCAAAAUACUGUAAAUGCUUUGAUGUUAUCAAGAGGUUGUUGGGCAACCAGCCAUGUUCUGCAUGUGGUAGAAACCGACAGCAUCACAACAUCUGUAGGGAUCCAAAGUGUCGUCCUUCUACAUCGGGUCAUUUCCCCUAUAGAAAUAUUAAAAACAUCAUUUUCCAGCCUAUGAAUCUCCGUUCUUCUGUUUCCAGACAUCUAGCUGACUUUAGGCUGUUCAUUACUCACUUCUUCCUGUUGUGAUUCUGUUCUGUGCAGUCUGCUCGUCAUUAAGUAGUAGAGACACUUAGUGCGGUCAUUAUUAUGAAUGUAAUGUUUUGUUUUGUUUCUAUUUCUUCCGGCCUGAUCGUGGGCAGAUAGUUGGGAUGCGCUUCGUACCGGAGAGAUGAGGAAUAUUUAGCAGGAGAAAUACGCUGAAGCGGCAUUCACGCCACGCAGAGCCAGCGCUGGUAGUUUCAUCACUGAUGUUUUGCGAGUCUUUCUUUUCUAAUUGCGUGUCGAGUAACGUACUGUUAGAUGUAAAUGUUUUGUAAAAAAAAUAAUAAAUCUGGUUGGUCUGGCGUACGGUGAGCUUGUUGAAAUUGGUGUUUUUGUGUUUUUCUGUUUACGUCCUCAAUAAAGACGGCCAUUGUAAGCGUAA